AUGGCUCCAAGGGUUAGAGCCCAGCAUCCAGCGCACAUGAUGUAUGAUAAAGAUGAUGCAGAUUUGGAUGGGACUGGAGCCACUGGAGCGAUAGUGUUACAUGCACUACCUCCAGGUGUUAAGUUCACAAUCACCAGCACUAUGAUUCAAUUGUUGAACCUUAAAGGUAUGUUUAGGGGUGCAGCUGGUGAUGAUGCAAAUCAGCACUUGAUGAACUUUGUGGCUAUCUGUAAGUCACAAGAGAUUCCUGGAGUAAACCAAACAAUAAUGAGAUUGAGGCUGUUUCCAUUGCCUCUUACUGGAGAGGCGACUAACUGGUUGAAUGAGAUGCCAGAUGACUCCAUCAGAAUUUGGAAUGAGUUGAAGGAAGCUUUCCUGGAACGAUUCUUCCCAGAAUCAAAAGAGCUGCAGAUGAAGGACGAGAUUAGUACACACAAGCAACUACCAGGAGAAGCCAUGCAUGAUACUUGGUGGAGGUUCAGCCAAAAGUUAAAGAAAUGCCCCAACCAUGACCUUACCGAUAGGCAUCUUAAACAGGCCUUUUAUAGGUCUCUGAAUUAUGUUACUAAACCUGUUGUUGAUGCAGUUUGUGGAGGCUCAUUUAUGAGGAAGCCAUUUGCAGAAAGCAUACAGCUAUUAGAUGAGGUCUCAAAGAAAAAUAGAGCAUGGUAUACUAGAGAUGCAGAGGUAGGAGAGCUUGGGUAUACGUUUGAUCUUUCAUCUGAACAAAGGAAGAGAGAAGAAGAAAGGGACCAAGACAUGGCAGAUAUGAGGACUCAAAUAGACUUGCUCACAAAGCAAAUUUUUGCCAAGUCUGAAAAGGGUUACAAUUCUGGAAAUGCAGGUCGGAGCUAUGCGAGAGAUGGUCAGUAUGAAAGGCAAGCAAAUAGAGAUCAAGGAAACUGGCAAAAUAGAGAAGGGUAUAGGACUGACCGCAGUGGUGUAUAUGUACCUCCAGGUAAUAGACACCGGGGUAGUGGUAAUUCUACCGGGUCUAAGCUGGAGGACAUGAUGGCUAAGGUACUUCAAAAGGUUGAGUCAACCGAUGCAGAGGUGAAAGAAAUGAGAGGUACCAAUUAUGAACAGGUCUUGGAGCAAGCUAGUAGAGAGAAGGAUGAGAAUAUACAGGUAGACGAUCUAAGAGAGGCUCAAAAAUCUCAAUCUAAAGCACAACCUUCGAGAGGAAAAGAGAAAGAGGUUCAGGAAAAACUGCCCUUACAGCAGAUUCCCAGGCCACCUCCUCAUUUCCCUCAAAGGCUCAAAAAGAAAGAUGAAGAUGGAAAGUUUACGAGAUUCAUCACCAUGCUGAAACAACUUUCAGUAAAUAUUCCAUUAGUUGAAGCCCUAGAGCAGAUGCCAGGAUAUGCCAAGUUCAUGAAAGACUUGGUCACCAAGAAAAGAGUCGUAAGUCAUGAUUUCUCUAACGAUGUUCAUCAUUGCAGUGUCAUUGCUACUAGAUCUCUGGUGCAGAAAAAGGAGGAUCCAGGUACAUUCACAAUAUCAUGCACCAUUGGGUCAAUCAAGUUUGCAAAAGCUUUAUGUGAUCUGUGA